AUGCUCAAGGCGCCCAUAUGCCCGUCCAAGUGCUCGCAUACACUCGCAACGCGUCUGCAUGAUAGGCCACAACGGAGGCAGCAUGCAAGCGCCGCUGUCCCACUUUCCUCGAGCACUGUCGCUUCUGGCCUGCCAGUCAUGCCAACGAGCUCGCGAUUGGCGCAGAUGAGGCGCAAGCUAGCUGCAUCACCCCGGGAGCCUCUUGUCGACCGAUUUGGGCGAAGACAUGACUACUUGAGGAUAUCGCUGACAGCAGAGAAAUGCAAUCUGAGGUGCACAUACUGUAUGCCCGAACAAGGCGCGCCUCUUUCGCCAGCAGAGCACUUGCUAUCAACGCCAGAGAUCGCUCGGAUAGCUCGGCUCUUUGUUGCAAAUGGGGUGAGGAAGAUCAGAUUGACCGGUGGAGAACCUACACUGCGGCCAGAUUUGCUCGACCUCAUGGCACAACUCGACUCGAUGCAUGGAGUCGAAUCGAUUGGCAUCACGUCGAACGGCAUCAAGCUGCUCAGACAGCUGCCAGCGCUCAUCAGCAAUGGUCUUACCCACCUCAAUAUCUCUCUCGACACGCUGGAUCCGUUCAAAUUUACGCUCAUGACGCGACGGCAAGGGCAUUCUCGUGUCCUGCAGGCCAUCGAAGGCGCCGUCGCACUGUUACACAAGCCGGAUCGCCAUGGGCGCACGCUCCAAACUGUCAAAGUCAACGUGGUCGUCAUUCGCGGCCUCAACGAUGACGAGGUACUAGACUUUGCAGCCCUAGCUGCCCGAUUACCUGUACAAAUUCGCUUUAUAGAGUACAUGCCAUUUGAUGACAAUCACUGGGAGCAGAAGAAGCUCGUGCCUUCCGCCGAACUGCUAGAUCGAUUACGACAGGUCUACCCCAGUCUGACACGUCGUCCAGCGCAAAUGUCGGAUACUUCGCGUGAUUAUGCGCCUUCGGUCUACGACACCGUCGCAGCAUGGCGAGGCACUGUCGGCUUCAUCAGCUCGAUGACCGAUCACUUCUGCUCUGGCUGCUCUCGUCUUCGCCUGAACGCAGAUGGCGGCGUCAAAGUUUGCCUCUUUGGCCCGCCCAAGCUCAACCUGCGCGAAAAGAUCAGAGAGGGGCACAGCGAUGCAAGGCUGCUCAGCGAGAUUGGUGCCGCUGUUCAGCAGAAAUACUUUGCGCAUGACGGCAAAUCGAGUCCGUCAGAUAUUGCCAAGAGUCGCAACGCGCCCGUCUUGCUCACCACUCGGGUGCCCAUACAUCUGCCGCAGCCAUCUCUAGGUCCAUCUACCCGGCGGCUAUUCAGCACGAGCACGAGCCUUGCAAAGCUGACCCAUCUCGAUGGCAAGACAAGCAAAGCCCGAAUGGUUUCCGUGACCGACAAGAGAACCACAUCACGCACAGCAUCAGCACGAGGAACAGUGCUCAUCAACCAAGCUGCUCGCGAGCUCCUGCAAGCGCAAGAUGCAAAUCCCAAAGGCAACGUCUUUGCGGUAGCUCAGCUUGCGGGCAUCAUGGCUGCUAAGCAAACUCCUCAUCUCAUACCGCUUUGUCACUCUAUCGCGCUCAGUCAUGUGGACGUUGCGCUGGAAUUGAUCGACGAUCACAUCAACAUCACUGCAACAGCGGCCUGCCAGGGACCAACGGGCGUCGAGAUGGAAGCGUUGACUGCUGUCAACGUCGCUGCUCUGACAGUAUGGGAUAUGCUCAAGAGCGUCGCAGGCAAAGACAUGAUCAUCAGAGACGUCCGCGUAAUGAGCAAGUCGGGCGGCAAAUCGGGCGAUUGGAGUCGGCCCUCCCUCACGUAA